AUGAUUGGAGUAUUGAUUCCACCAAAUUGUUCUCUUGACAACUUGGUGAAUUUGGUAAAACAAGAGAUAAAGGAAACAAGAGCAAGCAUUGAAGUUUAUUAUCAAGUAGUCAAAGGAACACCACCAAUGAAGAUUGAAUCAGACAAUUCAGUGUUGUUCUACUUGGAAAUAAAGAAAAAAGUUGCAGAAAAAAUAACAGAGUUACCAUUGUGUGUGAAUAUAGUUCAAGAAUCAAUGGAUGAAAAUAAUCUUCUUCAGCUAUCAAAUCAGAAAGCUACAGCACAAGAAAUGGAGGUGAGAACAUUAUUAAUGCAAGCAAACAAAGCUUCCAUCAAUGAACAUAUGUUACUUGAAGAAGGAAUGUCAAACACAACAAAUGAGGGAAUCAAUGUGGCAUACAUACCUCACCUUGCUGAAGAAGUAGCUUAUUUUAUAAUUGAAGACAAUUCAAAAAGAAAAAAGAGAUUGGAGGAAAUUGAAAUAGUAAUAUCUGAUUACAGAGUGAACAAAAUAGAGCAAGGACAGAUUUACAAGGACAAGAACACAAUCAAAUCAGCUCUUGACUACCAUGCAAUGCUACAUAACUUUCAGUUCAAAACAAAAAGAUCAGAACCAAGAGAGUACUUGGUUACCUGUGCAGAUGACACAUGCAGCUGGUUUGUGAGAGCUUCUAAAUACAGAAAUCAAGAUUUAUUCAAGGUACGAAAAUGCAUUCCAAAUCAUACUUGCUCUGUUGAAAUUGUUAUGGAGGAUCAUAGGCAAGCAAAAAGCAUCAUAAUUGGGGAAUUAAUAAAGAAUAAGUACAAGUCAGUCAAAAGAAAUUAUACUCCAAAUGACAUCAUGAAUGACAUGAAUGAUGGCUUUGGAGUAACCAUGGGAUACACAAAAGCAUGGAGAUUAAGAGAAAAAGCUUUGCUUCUAGUAAGAGGGAACCCUGAUGAUUCAUAUCAAAAGUUGCCAAUGUAUCUUCACAUGUUGAAGCAAGCAAAUCCAGGAACAGUAACACAUCUGCUCACAGACAAUGAAGAUAGAUUCAAAUCUUCAUCAACAUUAGAUCCAAACAACAACAUUUUUGUCUUGGCUUUUGGAAUAGCAGACUCAGAAAAUGAUAACUCUUGGCUUUGGUUCUUCUCCAAACUGAGAGACACAUAUGGAGAACCCGAAGGAUUGGCUAUUGUUUCCGACAGACACAAGAGCAUAGAGAAUGCAGUACAUAUAUUGUACCCAAAUGCGUUCCAUGGAGCUUGCAUGUAUCACUUGCUCAAUAAUUUGAAAAGCAAGUAUGGAAACCAUGGAGAACAGCUACAAAUGAAUUUCAUUGCAGCAGCAAAAGCAUACACAAAAACAGAAUGUGAACACUACAUGAGAAGCCUUGAUAGACUUGACAGACGCAUUAGACCCUAUUUAGAGAAAGCCAAAUAUGAAACUUGGGCAAGAUCAUACUCACCAACAAAAAGAUACACCAUGAUGACAUCCAACAUCACAGAAUCGCUCAACGCUGCACUAAAAGCUGCAAGAAAUCUCCCUAUUGAUAUCUUGGUUGAAUGUCUUAGAAGUUUGGUUAAAAAGUGGGUUUGGAACAAUUCAAAUAAUGCAAAUGGAACAUUCACAAAAGUGUCUACAGCAACAGAAAAUGAAUUGAGACAUGACAUUGUUUCAAAAAUGAAGUAUGAGGUCUUGCCUUUCAACCCAAUAGAAUAUCAAGUUCGUGAUGAAAAAUGGACCAAUUUCACAGUAAAUAUUCACAAUAGAACUUGUACAUGCAAUAGGUUUCAAGAAGAUGAAAUGCCUUGUGGGCAUGCAGUAGCUGUAAUUGCAAAGAGAAACUUGGGAGUAUAUGAUUACUGUGCAAAGUUUUACAAAACAGAAACUUUGAAAGCAAUGUAUGAAAAAAAUGUUCAUCCUUUGCCCCAUAAAGAUGAAUGGAAUCUACCACAACACUUAGACAUAGUGGUGCUACUUCCAAAGGCAACAAUCACUGCAGGAAGACCAAGAAAGAAAAGAAUAAGAUCAAGAGGAGAACCAAAAGUGAUAAUCACCUGUGGUAAAUGUGGUCAACCAGGACAUAACAGGAAGACUUGCAGGAAUCCACCAAUUGACAAGGCAAACAAGCAGAAAAAACAAAAGUCAUAG